AUGCCGGAUGAAGCACUUACCCCACCUUCUAAUGUAUCUUUUGCCCAUGUCUCUUCACAAGUCCAAAAAGAUAAGUCUGUAUAUCCCGAUAUUGAAGAACUGAAACAACAUAUGAAGGAAUACGUUGACAGUAAAUUUGAGUAUCUUGUGAAUUUGAUAAAGGCAAACCACUCUGAGAUGAUGAAUUCUAGGAAUAGGGAGGACGACAAACAACCAAAGGUAUUGUGUUGUAUAUCUGAUUUGGGCGGCAAGUCUACGCCGUGCAUUGUUGAAGUUUCCGGUAAAGAAGGCAAUGAUGGACAUCAAACAAGUACCUGCAAGUUUGAUCAACAACCAACCUCACCGAUACAGAUGGAUUUUGAUGUUGAAGAUCAGACUGAAGAUACAUUGAAGAAUCAUCAAGAAAUGAAGGAAGUUUCAGAACUUCAAUCAUCAAAUGCAAAUGUUCAUCAUACUGUAGAAACAUCUAAGCAUAAGAAGGAUUCUACAACAUCUGGUACAAUAUCAUCUGAAACUCGAGAAGUCAUGCAUACACUUAUUGCUGAUCUAGGAAGAUUGCCUAUUCAUGUUAAACCAGUUAGUGUGGCAAAUCCACGGGAGUUAACCAACAACCAAAGUUUGCUUUUGGACAGUCAAUUACCUACUGAUAUUCCAAUCACAGAGAUUGUUGUCCGAAGCGAUACAAAUACUCCUCUUGCACGUAUCAGGAUGCCUUCAAAAAUCUGUAAAUCUCCUUAUUUGACUUCAUUUGGGUCAAGUGAAAAAGGAAAAGAGGUCAUGGAGGAUGUAAUUCAUCCAAAUUUUCCAUUUGAAGGUUGUGAGAUCACAAAUCGAGCCCCGUCAUAUUUGAUUGAUGAGUUUAUUGAGUGGGUUACUACAGGUCUUCUCAAAACACAUGCGAAAAAGUAA